GGGUGCCCCGUCAUGCAGUGGUUCGCCGUUUUGGACACUGUGACUGCGGCAUCUUCUGGAGAAAUACAGCUCCCAGCUAAUGUCAGGCUCAAGUACUGCCUUGGCCCAGGAUGGCUAGAGAGUUGAAGAAAAGUGCAGCCUUGGAUGCCCAAUCUGCAGAGGACCAGAUGGGGAUUCUGGUCAUAAAGGUGGAGGAGGAAGAGGCCUCUGUCUUUGCGGAGGAGGCCAGUAUGAGGGGCAGCCCUACUCAGGGUUUGGAGCACUUCCGCCAGCGCUUCCGGGGCUUCAGUUACCUGGAGGUCAAGGGGCCCCGCCAGGUGCUGAGCCGCCUCCGGGAGCUCUGCCGACUGUGGCUGCAGCCCAAGAUGCACAGCAAGAAGCAGAUCCUGGAGCUGCUGGUGCUGGAGCAUUUCCUGACCAUCCUGCCCCGGGAGCUGCAGAGCUGGGUGCGGGAGCCGCAUCCAGAGAGUGGGGAGGAGGCGGUGGUGCUCUUGGAGUGUUUGGAGAGGCAGCUGGCUGAGCCCAUGCCGCAGGUGCCAGGUGGUGACCAGGGGCAAGAACUGCUCUGUUGCAUAAUGGCACAGUUGACACCAUCCUGGAGAUCACAAAGUAGCCACUUCCAGUUGAUGAAGGCUCUUCUCAAGCAUGAAUCUCUGGAAUCCCAGCCCUCACCAGACAGAGUUCUCCAGGUUCCUGUGCUUACCCAGGGAGGGUGCUGCAGGAGGCUCACCCCAGAGGCCCAGGGGUUGAUGAAAGUGGAAGAUGUGGCCCUGGCCCUCACUUCUGGAUGGACACAGCUGGAUUCAUCUCGGGUGAACUUCUGCAGAGAUGAAAGGCAGGACCUCCAUGGCAGCCUGAUCUCCCUGGGUGGUGAAAUACAGACCGAGAUCAGGGAGUUACAUCCAGGUGAGGAACAUCCAGUACGAGAGUCUGGGGAAAUACUGUGCCACUUGAGUGAAGACAUUGCCCAGAUUCCUACACGUGCAGAAGCUGGUGAACAGGAGGGUGGGUUACAAAGAAAGCGGAAAAAUGACACUGGGAGGAGAUGACACAUUUGCCAUGAAUGUGGAAAGAGUUUUGCUCAGAGUUCAGGCCUUAGUAGACACCAGAGAGUCCACACAGGUGAGAAACCAUAUGAGUGUGAAGAAUGUGGGAAGGCCUUCAUUCACAGCUCAGACCUGAUCAAACACCAGAGGACUCACACUGGGGAGAAGCCCUAUGAGUAUGACAACUGUGGGAAGACCUUUAGCCAGAGCUGCAGCCUCCUUGAACAUCACAAAAUCCACACUGGGGAGAAGCCAUACCACUGCAACAUGUGUGGGAAAGCUUUUAGGUGGAGUUCACACCUCCUGAGACAUCAGAGGAUCCAUGGUGAUAAAAAUGUUCAGAAUCCUGAACCUGGAGAGACCUGGGAGAGUCAGGGUAGGAUGGAAGGCCAGUGGGAAAAUGCUGAGGCUCCUUAUAAAUGCAAUGAGUGUGAGAGAAGUUUCACUCAGAAUACAGGCCUUAUAGAACAUCAAAAAAUCCACACUGGUGAGAAACCCUUCCAAUGUGAUGCAUGUGGAAAAGGCUUCACCCGAACUUCAUACCUUGUUCAACAUCAGAGAAACCAUGUUGGGGAAAAAAUUCUGUCACAGUGACCCAAGUCGGACAUGCCAGAGUUGCUGCUCAUUCCUCAUUGAACUGAAGCCACCCUGAAGCCUGUCCUGACUGCUUAAACUGUGGGCUGGGGCUUCAUUUACAACUACUAGUCAUCAGGAGUUUGUUAGAAGAUACAGAGUCUGAGAUGAAUUAUCUUCUGCAUUCUAGAAGGUGAUGGGCAGAAAACUUGUUUGAUAGGAGAACUACGAGUGUUGUCUGUAAGAGACUGAACCUGAAAUGGUUUGUUCUCACCUAUUGGAUUUAAAUGGGUUCCAGACAGGCUCAUCACCCUCAGCCAGGACUUGAUGACGUCUCCUGGGCAGAUGGCUGUGAUUUGGGGGCUCCUUCUAUGACCAGUAAUUUUGCCUAUGGAAGAAAAUCCUCUAUUGUGAAGUCUUGUACUUCCCACUGUGCCUUGUACACAGGUGCUAAUAAGCAUUUAUUAAAUACACCAGUGAGAUGACCUUCAUAGCUCUGAGAACCUGAUAUCAUCUGGAUUUCUGAGUAGUUUCUCAGUGUUUGUGUCUAUUUCUGAGGUACUUGGUUCUGAGUUAUCUGGCGCAUUUUUGCCAAGCACCUAGAGUUUGCAGUUGGGAGGCUGGGGGAAGGUGGGCAGGGUGGUGUUAUUGUGAUAGAACAAAUCUAAAUUUCUUAUCCAGACUAGGAAUUCUAAUUAAGUAUUUUAUCAUUAAAUCUGUGUGAAUGCAUGCC